CGCUCGCAAUGUUAGCGCCAGUGUCACACGGGUGCAUACCACGCUCGCUCCUGCGAACGAUCGCGCUGCUCGAUGGCACCGAAGAAGCAUCGUUUGUAGGCACAGACACGCAUGACUCGAUUGCCGUGUGGUCUAUCACGAGCGACUUCUGCGACCGUACCAGUAGCGUCAACGAACCGUGGACCCAUUGCGACAUGUUGCCAGGGGGGCUGCGAGUGCUCGGUCCGGUCGUGAUAGUUCAUGCGGAUGCAUCGAAGCAGGAUAUAUUCGAGAAAGUCGACGCAAAGGUACAACAUCGGCUUGGCAACACGACGAAGGAUGGCACGCCACGUCCGAUGUACGUGCUAGUGCACGAGCGCGGGUCACGUCAAGUCCAAGUGUACUUGCCGCCGUCAUCUAGUAGUAUCCAUGACGCCACGACAUCAUGGAACUCCAUGACGUUGGACAACAUAACCGACGACGGCGACGACGACCCGACUGCGUUUCUCUCUAGCAUCGACUACACCAUGCUUCGAUGUUCCUUCACGACAUCGCUCUCAUCACACCACCUCCAUCGACGUUACCGUCGCCACCACCCUCGCAUGACGACUUGUUUGUGACAGCGCUUGAGACAUUUCGACAAACGAUGCAGGAUCCAUCCCGAAGCUUCUUUCAACUGCCUACGCUGUCGUCGUCGUGCCAAUUCAUACUCGCCAUCUCUGGCGACGUCGUUCACGGCAAACUUCUGUCCAACGACACUUCAAAUGGACGGCUGUCGUUGCGCGACGUGUUGCCUGCCUACCACGAGCGAACGCACGGAGGCGGCGCGCCGUACAGGUCGUCGCACCAUCCCGUGACCAUACAUCGCGCCAUGUCGUCGUCUGCUGCUGGAGCCCCAGUAUGGACUGCCCAUGCCCCAGGAGCCCAAUUUGAGACGGUGGACGUGGCGUUCGAUGUGGUGGUGUGUGUACCAUGGGAGCUGUCGGUCGCUGCAGCACUGGCGACGCUUAUCGCACACCUACAUUUGCAGAUUAACCGCGUCCAGCACGUUGCAAAACUCCAACCUUCGCCUUCAUCCCAGCAAGACACCGUUCGACAUAACUCGGCAUCGUUCGCGCUCGUCCAGUACCCGCUGCAUGGAGGCGCCGCGCAUCCCAUCGGGCUGUGGACUCGCAACGGCCUCCACUUGGCCGAGUGUGAACGCCAGCACCUGCAUGCGAUGUGGUUUCAACCGACGACACAGUGUCUCUUUCGACCGCGCUGCCAAUGGGUGGACAGCCCAUCAUUGGGACAUUUGGUGAAUGUGCACGUUGGCAUUCCUGUGCCAGAACACGUGAGCACGUUUAGCCUUGUCCAAGGCAAAGUCGAAUAUUACCACUACAAUCACAACGGUGUCCAGGACAAGGGAUGGGGAUGUGCGUACCGGUCGUUGCAAUCGCUGGCGUCGUGGCUGUGGUGGAAUCACUACACUGAGCUUCCCGUGCCAAGUCAUCGUGACAUCCAAGACAGUUUGGUGCGCAUGGGCGACAAGCCGCCGCAGUUUGCUGGUUCGAAAGCCUGGAUUGGGUCUGUUGAAGUGGGGUUUGUGUUGGACGCCCGAUACAAUGUCAGCUGCCGCACCAUCCACUGCGCCAGUGGCCGCGACCUACCCUUGCAUGCGUCGACUUUGAUCGAGCACUUCGACACCCAUGGAACGCCAGUCAUGAUGGGCGGGGCCUCGCUGGCGUUCACCGUGGUGGGCGUAGCCUCCAGCGCCCAAGCUACCGACAUGUGGCUGUUGAUCUUGGAUCCGCAUUACUGUGGCCCAGAUAGCGACGUUCGAGCGCUCCAAACCAAGGUGGUCGCCAUGGAAGGGUACAAAGCGUUGCCGGUGGGCUGGCGGCGAGCAUCUUCCUUCUCUGCUUCUACUUUUUUCAAUCUUUGCCUCCCGCAGCGCCCGGUGUCCGUACUGUAGCGGUGUACACGAGGCAACUCACAGCGGACAGCAACACCAGCAUACUGUCUGUAGUGAUUGACCCGAGCGGAGAUGCAUAGUAAUGCAAUAUAUACUAAAAGCCAACUAUCAGAUCAAACACAUUGAUUAUAUAUAUUUC